AAAUACAAUUAAUGCCGCUGUAAAUAAUCAAUUUUGUUAUGUUCCGAAUCAGUGACUAUCGAAGGAUUAAAAACAUAAAAAUGUGGAAAAGUAUUCAACAAAUUCGGUGGUUUUGCAGCAAAAGUAGUAAUUCCUCAUUUGUCACAACCCCCAUUUUCUAUGUAAAUGCAGCCCCCCACAUUGGCCACCUCUACUCCGCGGUCAUCGCCGAUGCCAUCCACCGGUUCAACAUCCUGGUGAACCCCACCGCUCGAGCAUCGGCCAUUUUCAGCACCGGAACCGACGAGCAUGGUACCAAAAUCCAGCAAGCUGCCGCUAGUCAUUCCGUUCCCGUUGGAACCUAUUGCGGGCAAAUUUCCGAUCAGUAUCGAUCGCUGUUUCAUAAUUUUGGCAUUGCCCACACACGGUACAUUCGCACAACGGAAGAACAGCACGCCCAAGCCGUCCAAGCAUUCUGGCAAGCACUGGAAAACGCCGGUAGCAUCUACUCGGCCCAGUACUCCGGAUGGUAUUGCAUCCCAGACGAGACGUUCUUGACGGAUAGCCAGCUUAAAGAGAACGACCGAGGCAUCAAGGUUUCGGCCGAAUCGGGCCACCCGGUCGAAUGGACGGAGGAGAAGAACUUCAUGUUCCGUCUGGAUAAGUACCAGGAAGACGUUCUCUACUGGAUCAAAGGAUGUGAAGAUCGAAUAGUGCCGGUUAAAUUCCGGAAAAUCUUACUCGACUUUCUCCAGGAUAGACUUCCGGACAUCUCAAUUUCUCGGCCCAAAACACGAGUCUCGUGGGGAAUCGAUGUACCGUCGGAUCCCACGCAAACCGUGUACGUUUGGUUGGAUGCCCUGGUGAACUAUCUAACGGUGAGUGGCUAUCCACAGACUGACUUUGCGCGACGGUGGCCCCCAACGGUGCAAAUUCUUGGAAAGGACAUUCUCAAAUUUCACGGAAUUUACUGGCCAGCAUUUUUGAUUGCAGCUGGUUUGGAACCGCCCCGACAGCUGCUGGUGCAUUCGCACUGGACUGUGGACGGCGAGAAAAUGUCCAAAAGCAAAGGAAACGUCGUAGAUCCCAAUGAACGGGCAUCUCUGUAUUCGCAUGAGGGAAUCAGAUAUUUUUUGCUAAGAGAGGGUGUGGCCCACAGUGAUGGAAAUUAUAGCGAUACCAAGAUUUUGCGGAUUAUUAACGCAGAAUUAGCGGAUACAUUCGGAAAUCUUCUAUCGCGUUGCUGUGGCCAGGUGCUCAACCCAGAGGCUGUUGUUCCUGUUAUUCAAAAAGACGUGUUCGACGCUCUGAACACGUUAGAUGUUACGAAAAAGAUGCUUGAACUGCUGAAUGGCUUGCCCGACAAAUGCUUGUCCCACUAUCAGCAAUACAACUUCUAUUUAGUAGUGGACAGCGUCAUACAAGUUCUACAUGCCACGAAUAACUUCUUCGAAAUUACUGCUCCAUGGAAGUUGAAAAGACCCGAUGAUAAACCACAACUGCAAGCCAUUCUCGGUUUAACGAUGGAGGUUCUUCGUCAGACAGGAAUCAUUCUGCAACCGAUCGUACCAAUCAUGAGCGGAAAAUUGUUGAACAAGUUGAACGUUGAACAAGAUCGGCGAUCAUGGAGCGAUCUAAAGUUGCGAUUAGAAGAAGUGGAACGCCCUCUGGCCGAUAGUGAAGCGGUUUUGUUUAGGAGAAUUAUUCCCCCGAAAGUUGAAACGGUUAAGGAGCCAAAGGCGAAAAAGUUGAAAAAGAAGAAUUAAGGGUUAUGAAAUAAAGAGUUGAAUAUUGUUUGUUGAA